UCAGCAUCCGAAGUGAACUCUGUCCUCCGUUUCUCUGAAAGCACGUGAUUCAGAGAAAAAGUCGUUGCCAACGAUAUAAAAAGACCAUUACCGGUGAUAUAGAGCCGAUCAGACUUUGAGAACUCAGAGGACACUACAAACUAAGGUGUGUGCCUGCUGACCAGAAGAGGACCUGAAGAACUUGAAAGACAUGAAGACAGCACCGUUGUUCGCAGUGAACCCUUUGCUGGGUUUGGUUGCCACUGGAGCAUUGAUCACCUACGGAAUCUACCUGCAUCAAAAAAACCAGUGGGGUUCUCGGUCUCCCUCACCUUCUCGCUCACGUUCUCGCUCACGUUCUCGCUCACGUUCUCGCUCACCUUCUCCUAUCCGCUCAUCCACUCAGGAAAAUGAGCUCAAGAGUUCCGCCCAGGAGGCGCUGAAUUCCAUUGAUUCCAAACACCAGCUGCAGGGUUCAAGGGAACGAGCGGGCCGGGGCGAACACGUCUUCAACAACGGACUCCUGGAUUUUCACCGCAGCGUUCUGCAGGACGUGCUAAGAGAACUGGAGGUCAACAAGCAAAACCUGCUGGAGAAUCUGCUGCAGGACAUCAGCGCCUCACUCUCCCAAUACGACUGCAACGCCAUCAGCAGUAUGGUGGUCCACUUCAGUUGGGAUGAGUUCUAUUUGGAUUAUAACGCAGAGGUGUUCGGUGUGUUUGUGCGGGAGCUCCGGGAAGCGAUUGUGGCAUACGUCGUGGCUUCUACGUCUGUCUGCCAUAGCGAAAACCACGCACUCUACAGGCUGACUAAGCGCGUGCAGUCCAUUGCUGAGCAGAUGGUGGCGCAUCAGGUGUAUGUGGACCCACUGGCCCGCGAUCGCUGGCUGAAUCGGAACCCCAAACACACUCAGGUGUACUAUCAGGUCAAAGAUGCAGUGGACAGAAUGUUCCUUAACAUCUUGAAGGACUUCAAAAAGGUGUCCGAGAAGAUCAAGCACUUUCGCAGGACAAAUAACUGGAACUGGCCAUAAUGGUCACAGAGAAGGGUUACGCACACACACACACACACACAUAAACACACAAACGCAUAGCCUACACAUAAAAACAAACAUAAAACCUUGUUAUGGUUUAUGAUGAUUUAUGCCAGCAUGCUCCCUUUAAGAGCACAUGUCGUCAACCAUGGUUUCUCGAUGUGCUUUGUAAUAUUCAUUCAAGAUUUCUGAUCACCGUUAUUGAUCCUCUGACUUUCUAUCCUCUGUACUCUGUCCUCAGUUGUUUAAAAUGGAUGUGUAUGUAUCUUGUGUUUUAUAAUUUUUAUGUAAAGCACUUUGAGUGAUCAUUGUGUAUGAAAUGUGCUAUAUAAAUAAACUUGCUUGCCUUAUGAAUAAAAUAGCU